AGGGCUCUAGUGCUUUGAUCACUUUCCGUCGAUCUUGAUCCCUGUCAUGCCCCUCCUCUCCCAAAUGUUUUUGCUCAAGGAGGAAGUUUUUCUUCCCAUUUUCCAUAGUUGUGUGUUUCCGGUGCUUUGAUAUAUCCUCUCUAAUGAAGACGAAGAUCGAUUUCAAGUUGUCUUGUUGUUUCUCUGACUGUAUUAUGUUGGUCAGAAUGGUCGGCAUGCCCAUGCGGAUCGAUUAAGUAGUACAGCCUGCCUGUUUAGAGCAGAAGCACAAUUCGUUUUUCCAAACAUCCCGACGACAGGACAAAAAACACAAUUAGAUUUAAAUUGAGAUUGACACACAAGGAUAAGCGAUUUGGACUUCACUACUAGUUUCGUCUUGCAUAUCUUUGUCUGUUCUUGCUAGCGAUUAUUGUACUUGUUUACGCUAAUAUGCUACCGUAGCCUGAAAAAUUUUCGCGACAUUUUUCCUGCGUUUUAUUUUCUGGUAUCUAAUUUGGCGAGGUGUCAAGCUUGUUAGUUUAUAUGAUUUCAGAUAUCAUCGCGAGGCCGGCAUCGGUUUGAAUUUAUUUGCUAUUGCUUUACUACAUUUUUGUUUUCUAUUCCAAAACCAUGGGUCAAAGCAUCUAUCUCCCGGCGGCCAACAAGGAGAAGGAAACCGCUGAGGGGCAGGGAAAAGGCGGGAGAUGGCGGUUCGGCUUCAGUGCGAUGCAAGGUAGAAAAGAAUUGCAAGUGGAUAAGAACGACCCACACCCGAUGCUUCUACUUUUCAGGCAUGACAAACCAAUGCUGAGGCGCCAAAUAACGUUUCCUCUCGUCGCGCAAAAAGUACUUGGUCUUUUCAGCGUGAUAGUUAUUCAUCCUCGAUCGAGUCUCAUUCUCCUUCUCAGGUUGGCGUCGUUCAAUGGAGGAUGCGCACAUUCAUCUCCCGGACUUCGCGGACAACCUCGCACUGUUCGCCGUCUUCGACGGCCACGGCGGUGCCGCGGUAGCGCAGCUGGUUGCGCAAAAAUUUCCCGAAAUUCUCAAGAGCCAAGAGGCCUUUGGUGACCAGAACUACCAGGAAGGUAUAAAGGGACGUUGCUGUAGAUCUGUAAGAGCUUUUCUUAUUGUGCUUGUCCUCGCUUUCGCAUUGAAGAUUUGACUGCGUGAUCCUGCUACUGAAAGGUAGAAGCAGGUUGCAUUAUGGCACUACUUGCCUAUUGUGCAUGACAAACAACAACAUCAAUCCAGCCCUCCGAGCCGCGUUCAUCGCGAUGGAUAAGUACCUCGACUCCGCAGAAGGGCGAAAGGAGUUGCGAAUCAUCGGCGCAAAGGCGGAGAAGGAAAAAAAAGACGACGAUGACGACGUCAGACAUCGAGGCAGCAUACUGCAGCAAUUACUGGUAAAAGACCACCACGACCUAUGCCUGCGCGUUUUAUUUACGUGUGGAUGUGAUCCUCUACUCUUCCGCUUUUUUUCUUGCAUGGUAUUGUUCAUAAGCAUAACAGACCGUUGCGUCGACGUGUCUGUGUAUUAUGUAUCAGAUGAACAUUUUCAAUAUCCAAUCCAACAUGGUCGUGCUAAGUUGUUGUUGUAAGUAUGCGACUAGCAAUAAAUCCUCGAUAUAUGAUCAAUCUACACUCAACCUCAUGAUCUCCUUGUCCUUUUACAGCGCGACCAGCAAGUUCUGGAUGAGGAAGACAUUCUGAACGCCAAUUACCUAGAGUACGGAGCCGACGAGGAAGAUGAGGACGGUAUCAAAACACCCCCGGCGGUCACCGGCAUGCCCCCGGCACAGGUGAUUGCGUUAGAGGACAAGAAAAAGAAGAAAGAUGUUGUAGACAUAAAAAUAGAGGAAUCCGAGUCACUAUCAGUAUCACCACAGAAGAACGGCGAAACAAGGCCUACCACCAACGGUCCAAUCAUCGAAGUCGGCAACGGGCCGGCAACAAGCUCCUCCAAAUCGCCAAAAGAUAAAGAGAAUGAAAACAAGGCGAUCAUCGGCCCGGCGAUGCCACCAAACGGCAUGAUUGGCCCGGCCAUGCCGCCGAAUGGGAAACUGCCGACCUCAUCGGAAGAGGAGAAGUCACCCGGGAGUGCUGGUGCGAAAGAUAAAGAACCAAGGGAGAAAAACGCGAAAUCUCCAGGUGGUAGUCGUGGGCAAGAACAACUUCCGCUUGACAAAACUGGUCUCGACUUCGCGAAAAGCAUCGACGAACUGACGAACCGAACCUCUUUGGAACAGGACGACGACGAUAUUGACGACAUUUUUGUCAUGAACAAAAACAAAACCGAAGCUGCCGAAGCGAAAGCAAAGAAGGAGGAAGACAGCGACUCCUCAAGUGGGGACGAGUUCUUCAUCGGCCCUCAGCCGCCGAAAAAAGGUAUGGAUAUGAAUUAAGUUCUUGCCUUGCCUAGUAGCGCAUAGUUGUACUUGAGUAGAUCUAUUCCUGCCUCCUGCUGCCAUUAUGACGAACUGGAAUGAAGCCCGCCUGGGUGCUGCUCGUCGUGCUUCAUUGCCACAUCGUAUGCUAUCAAUGUUGUUCGUCCGCUCUGCAGCUUGGUUAAGCUGUUUCAAGAAAAAAAACCAGGUCUUAACCCCGAUGACGACGACGAUGACGACGACGACCUGAAGGUGGAGGACCUGCUUGCCGGGGUAUCCAGUGCAAAUGUGUCUGGGUCUGGAAGGAUACAACUUGUGAUGCUGUCUUUGGAUUCUCAAAAAAUCUGUGCUGCGUCGCCAGCAAUAGGGGUCCGGUUUGUGCGACACAGAGAGGGCAACAUUUCUCAUGCAGCUUAGUCACCAGAAACAAGCGUUUUGAAAAUCUGUGAUGCUAGGUCAUGCAUUGCAGGCGUCAUGGGUCGCGCUACGUAUGCAUGACAAACCUGGCACUUUUCCAGACCCAGACAUAUUUGCAAUGCAUACGGGGGUCUCUUCGACGACGGCCCGUCGGGCAUUAACCCGGAAUCCCAGGGCUGCACGGCGAACGUCGUCCUGCUCCAAUACGACGACAAGAUGGACCAGAUGGUCGCUUUUUGCGCGAACGCCGGGGAUAUGAACUGCAAAAAUGUCUGGGUCUGGAAGGUUGAAACUUGUAAUGCUAGCUUUCCAUAGCUAGAAAUGAAAAUCUGCAUUGCAUAACCAACAAAAGUCGCAGCCUCUUUUGUACAUGCAAAAACGCAGUUUCUCAUGCGGAUUGCCUAUGAGAAAGCGUUCUCUAAAGUUGUAAUGCUGGGUUGCAUUCGGAACUGUUUCCAUCAUUCACAUUUUAGCAUCACAAGUUUCCAGACCCAGACACUUUUGCGAUUGAUAGGGGACUCCCGGGCGGUUCUGUGCAGACAGGGGGCCGGCGUGCCGCUUUCCUUCGAUCACAAACCGACCAACCCGUCCGAGCGGGAACGCAUCCUCGCGUCCGGCGGCACGGUGUCCGAAGAGGGCCGGGUGGACUCAAACUUGAACCUGAGCCGAGCCAUGGGCGACCUCAUCUACAAGGACAAAGCACUCGCGCCAGAGGCGCAGCGGAUCUGCGUCGUGCCGGACGUCUCGGUAUAUGGACAGUUUUGGAGUCUUCAUGCAGAUUGAUCUUCGCGAUCGCGAUUUAUGUCACAAACAAUAAAAUUUUAAAGUUCAAUGAUUGUAGUUGCAGAAAAUGAAAAAGGACGAUCAUGACGAUAAUUCUUGUAUCGAACCAUGACAGGUAACUCACCUUUCCGGCGACGACAACUAUCUGAUUAUCGGAUGCGAUGGGAUUUUCGAAAAACAAAGCAACGAAUCCCUCGUCGCCUGGUGUAACGACCGGAUCUACAAGCACCGAGCGGCCAAGGGCAGCGGCGACGCGGAGGUGGACGUGGAGUUGAACGCCGUUUGCUCCGACUUUUUGAACUUCAACGUCGCCGAGUCGCCGUCAACAGACAUGGGCGUGGGCUGCGACAACAUGAGUAGAAAGAAGUUUUCUCAAUUUUCUCUCUUUUUAGUUGCUGUUCGUUAAACAUACUACGUAGACGAGCUAGAUUUAUACGAAAUUCCGCAUGACAAACUCGCAAAGAUCUUGCGUGCAGCCAAACGAAACACACAAGAAACGAUCAAAAAACAGGUAUGAUGAUCGUCCGUCCUGUCCCCGGCGCUCCUCUACUCGCCGGGCGGGCUCUUGCCGCCGCAAGUGAGCAACAGCAGAAAGAAACCGAGAACACAAACUCUUCCGAGGAAAAAUCCACUUCCGAUGUCGUGGUUGCAGCAGCAGCAGGAGGACUGUCAUCUGACGGCGUAGCUACAACGACAAACACAGCAUCGAAAUCCCCCGUCGAUGCAGAGCCGGAGCCGAAGCGGUCGAAGGUAGAGGUCGAGGGCGCUCAUUCGACCAGUAAUUUGUCGUCUCCGGCGGCGUCCGCGGUCUCGGAGAACUCCGACGCAGACAGCACCUCGAACUCCGAGAAAACCACGGACAGCAUCAAUGCGCUCACCUCAAACUUGUCCGUGGAGGAUAACGUUCCAGCUGGGCAGGAUUUUGGUGCAGGCAGAACCUGUACAACUUCUGAGCAACUCGUCCCACCAGCAGGCGCAGCUGCAAACACAGCCAGCGUGCUGUGCGGAACUGAGACAUUAACGUCCGAUGCCAGCAGUGUCGUCGUGAUUAAGACAACACCUCUUGAGAGCAAGGUAGAAGAGCAGUCGGAGCUGUGUUCGACGGCACCGUCCACUUGUUCACCAACAUCAGCGACCGCUGCAGUUACAGCAACAGGGGGGGAAGAAGAAGACUCAUCUUCGACCGCCAAGAAGAUCAAGGAAGCAGUUGAAGCGAUUCCCCUCAUUGAGACUGCGGCCGCAGCUUAAGGGAGGUCCGAACAACGACCAUGGUCCUUGCUCUGGUGGUGCUCCGUGGCUGUCUCCUCUUUUUUGGCCCAGUUUAUCGAGUCCGUCAUAUUUCACGUCGGUCUGCUACAUCGACCGAAACAAGAUUGCUAAGCUCCUGCAAAUAAUACUUCAUUUUUCUCACCACGGCUUGUUUAUAGUAAUCAAUACCUCCUCGUCCUCCACGACUUUGCGCUAUGACCCCGGCGCGACGAACGGUCACGUUAUGUUCACAACAUCUACCCAUACUCACCCUCCUCCGCCGACGCUGGCGCCAGGAUGUUCUAGUGCUUCUAUUCAAACCAAUUCCGGGAACAGGCGCCCAAGAAGAUGAAUGGAAUCCAUUUUACAAUUCCAGGAGUCCAUUUUACUAUUCCAGGAGGUGCCAGGGUGUUCUAGUGCUUCCAUGAUUGAAACCAAUUCCGGGAGGCGUCCAAGAUGAAUGGAAUCCAUUUUACAUUCCAGGAAUCCUUCGAAAACCGAUUCCAGGAAUCGAAGAUCAAUGGAACGCUGCCUGAGAACCUGCCAUCUAAGUACCUGUUUGGGCGUGGUCAUCAAGAGCAGCUCCUCUGGCUAGUAGUGCGCACCACGCACUCCACCUGCUCCAAUUGCACUACUUAUAGUCCAUCAUGUCCUCCAGCUCCAGCUGUGAUGGACAGCUGCUGCAGCACAGCACGCUGGAGCGUCAAGAUACGGCGCAUGAAACUCGAGUUUCGAGCAAACUACGGGUGAGAGCAUGGGUCGUACAAGGUGGUCAUGUUUUCACUUCCAUCAAACCGGAGCUACUGCAUUUCGCAUUUUGUGUUCCUCAGAACCCAAUUCAACCUUUGAAGCGCAGCAUCUUCCCACCAGCAUAACCACAACUACAUCAACCACGUCACGAG